CUCUCCCGCUCUCUCUUCUCUCAUUUCUCUUCUCUCUCGAACCUUCCCUCUCCGGGACGUCAACACACAAACAACAACGACAACACUCCCACCACCGCCAAACCAAGAGCAUCAUGAGCUUCGUAUCGUCCUCACGAGCUCAGAACACCCAACCUCACCUUGAAUUUCCUUCCGGAUCGUAGGGAUCAAAAUCCAAGUCGGGCUGCGACCUUUCAGCCAUUUUCCGGCCACACCACGGCGAUUUAGUUGUCGAUAAAGGCCAUUUUCCGGCCAAACAACUACGAAUUAGGAGUUUUGAAAGGUGUCAAUAUGUUCGUCUCGUUCGAGGUUGAAUUUGGUUAAGAAACGAAGAGGUUACAAAGCUUUAAGAGUGAACCACUUUUAUACGUAUGACUGCGCGACUACCAAAGCUAGAUCGCUCCAAGUCUUAGUUGAGAGAUAUAAUCUUCGUCUUCCAAGAAGUUAAGAUUUAUUUAUGGAUCAUAGAAAAACCAUGGAAGAAGGACUGCUAACAGUUUCAGAGAACUUGGUACAUGAAGAAGGAGCUGGCAAUGAUUACAGCGAUGCAACGCCGAAUGUUGGGUCCUUACCGGUCACCGCUGUUGUUGUUCUCAGCACUCUGGUGGCCCUCUGUGGUUCCCUUUCUUUUGGGUGUGCUUUAGAAUAUUCAUCCGCUGCUGAAUCUGGAAUUAUAGAAGAGUUGGACAUUACUCUCGCAGAAUACUCGGUUUUUGGUGCAAUGCUGGGAAUCGGAGGAGUGGUUGGCGGAUUGGUAAAUGGGAGGAUAACGGAUAUCAUUGGUCGUAUACGUACAAUGUGGUUAUCUGAAAUUAUCAGUAUUGCAGGGUGGCUCAGUAUAGCAUUUGCCAAGAAUGCUUGGUUGCUGGAUUUUGGACGACUGUUAUUGGGAAUUAGCAGUGUGUUAAUUCUCUACGUGGGACCUAUAUACAUAGCAGAAAUAACACCAAAGGAUUUUAGGGGGAGGUUUACUUCAACUAAUCAGUUGAUGAGUAGCUGUGGCUUUGCACUUAUGUAUUUCGUUGGAAAUGCCCUAAACUGGCGUACCAUUGCUCUAAUCGGUGCUAUUCCAUCUCUACUGCAUAUUAUAGGUUUAUUUUUCAUUCCAGAGUCUCCAAGGUGGCUGGCAAAAAUUGGUAAACAAAAAGAGUUUGAAACUGUGCUGCAGCGUCUUAGAGGAAAAAAUGCUAAUAUAUCUCAAGAAGCAGCUGAAAUCAUGGAUUAUACUGAAAUCUUUCAGCGGCACUCAGAAAGAAUGCUAGACUUGUUCCAGUGGAGAUACGCUGACUUAAUCAUUGUUGGAGUGGGGCUGAUGUUUCUGCAGCAACUUGGGGGGGCCAGUGCGGUCUCUUCUUAUGGAAGUUCUAUCUUUGUAGAUGCUGAUUUCUCAAGUACCAUUGGGACUGUAUCGUUGGCUAUUAUUGGGAUACCUGGAACAAUAUUGAGUGUUCUCUUAGCAGAUAAAUGUGGAAGACGACCACUUCUGUUGGUUUCUUCUGCAGGGAUGUGCUUGGGUGCCUUUCUUGUGGGCUUGACUUUUUUAUUUCAGAAUCUUGGCCGGUGGAAGGAGGUCACUCCCAUUUUUAUGUUUAUUGGCAUGUUGGGUUAUUAUGCAUCAUACACAGUAGGCAUGGCAGGACUUCCGACAGUUAUUAUGGCAGAGAUAUUCCCAAUAAACGUCAAGGGCACUGCCGGAAGCCUGUUGACUCUGGUGACUGCGGGCGCUGGUUCGAUUGUUAUAUACACCUUCAACUUUAUGAUGGAAUGGAGCUCAGCAGGAACGUUUUUCAUCUUCGCGGCCAUUUGCGGUUCAACUGUUGUGUUCGUUGCGAAGCUAGUGACGGAGACCAAGGGGCGAACGCUCGAAGAACUACAAGCAUCAAUUGCGCAUUUUGUCUAAUAAGAUGAACUAUGAAGCCAUGCUAGUGUUGGAAAUUAUAUAUUAUAGUAUAAAAUAUUGUAAUAUAUAAUUUUAAUAAUUGAAUGAAAAAUAGUGUUAAUCAUA